AUGUUGGCUAGGAUGGUGAUUAUAGAUGAACUACCUUUUAAAUUUGUGGAAAGGGAGGGAUUUUUGGAUUUUUGUCAGUUUAUGCAGCCACGGUUUGAAAUGCCAUCACGUAGAACUUUAACUAGAGACUGCCAUAAGCUUUUUUCAGAUGAGAAGAAAAGUUUGAAGGCAUACUUUGAAACUUUAUCCUCACGAAUUUGUCUCACCACUGAUGCUUGGACAUCCAUUCAAAAUCUGAAUUAUUUGUGUUUGACAGCUCACUUUAUUGAUGAUAAAUGGAAAUUGCACAAAAAGAUUUUAAGUUUCUGUCCUAUUACAAGUCAUGCGGGUGAAGUUAUUGGUCGGACAGUAGAAAAAUGCUUGCUUGAUUGGAAAAUUAGUAAAGUUUUGACUGUUACGGUAGACAAUGCUAGCUCAAAUGACACUUGUUUGCAAUAUUUGAGAAGAAGGCUUAUUAAUUGGAAAGGUACUGUCUUAAAUGGAGAAUACUUGCAUAUGAGAUGUGCUACCCAUGUUUUGAAUUUGACGGUUAGGGAGGGAUUGAAAGACUUGGAAGACUCUAUUGUUAGAAUUCGAUCAGCUGUGAGAUAUGUUAGGUCUUCACCUGCUAGAGCUCAAAGAUUCAAAUCUUGCAUAGAAAAAGAAAGAAUCGAAAGUAAAAGUCUUGUAUGCCUUGAUGUUGAAACUAGGUGGAACUCCACAUUUUUAAUGUUAGAGGCUGCUCUAAAAUUUCAAAAGGCAUUUGAGUUGCUAGAAACUGUGGAUAGCAAAUAUGUCGAAGAGUUAACUCCACAAAGUGAGAAUGAUACUCGUAGGAGUUCUAAGGUGAGGGGUGUGCCAACUGAAAUGGAUUGGGAGUAUGCAAAAGAUUUGUUGCCUUUUCUUCAAAUUUUUUAUGAUUCCACUGUGAAAAUGUCAGUCUCACGUUAUGUGACAGGAAAUGUAUAUAUGAAUGAAAUUUUUGGCAUUGGUGGUCUUCUUAAUUCAUUUCAAGAAAGUGAUGACUUUGGUUUGUCAACUAUGGCUGGGAAUAUGAAGAAAAAAUAUGAUAAAUAUUGGGGUAAUGUGGAAAGGAUUAACAUAUUGAUUCUGAUUGCUGUUGUUCUUGAUCCCCAGCAUAAACUAAGUUAUGUUCAAUGGGGCAAUUGA